UUUAUCUGUGUAUAUUAGUCAUGUCUUCGAGCCUUGAACGGGACUCUAGCUUUUUGGGAGGCAGGAUACCCCCAGAAAUCGAAUCAAUGUCGAAAAACCUGAAGGAUGUGGACCAAGAGUUGUUCAGAAAAAUAUUGAAAGCUGUGGUCAGCGCCCUGGAGGGGAAGGACUGCAGAGAGGUGAUGAAGGCCAUAGCAGAGGGCAGUACCAUCCCACAGGAGAGGCUCAGUCACAUCAUAUCUGGGAUGUACAGACUGCUAUCCGAGGCUAUUCGCAUCCCCACAUCGUCACUUAAACAGGAGGCCUUCAAAGAAGAUCUCAGAGAACUAAGGAUACCUGAAGACUUCAUCACAGAUUUUUCCAGUGUGGUUUUUGGAAAUCGUCGUGCCGCUCUACAGUCAGCAGUCUCCCAGAAUGAUCCUCGCUUGCCAACAAUAGAAGACUUUAAAUGGAGGGUGGAUGUUGCCAUUUCUACAAGCUCUUUAGCCAGAGCCCUGCAGCCUUCUGUGCUGAUGCAGAUGAAACUGUCAGAUGGGAGUUUCCACCGCUUUGAGGUGCCAGUGUCUAAGUUCCAGGAGCUCCGUUACAACAUGGCUCUGAUUCUCAAAGAGAUGAAUGAUCUGGAGAAGAGGAGCAUUCUCAAAAUCCAGGACUGAUGUACUAUGUUAAUAAAUCCUACUUGGGCUUUCAUUCUUGAGUAUUAGUAGAAUUUUGUAAAUUUACUGCACAUACAAUGACCUUUAUUUUAAUAAUUUAAAAUAUAUGAAGCAUGUUCAUAUUAAUCUGUCAUGAUGUUAUUGAUUUGAUGGUUUUGCAUCCAACAUGCCUGAAUGUUGACAGCAAGGCUGUGCUGCAGGACCAAAGACAAGACCAACAUUUAACAACAUAUUGUAUCACUCAUUUUCUUUUGCUGUAAACAGUACAUAUUAACAUUAAUGUUUAGUGGUCGGUAUAUUUGAGACAGCUGCAAAUCGUCCACUGUGCUAAAAACCAAACGCAGUCAAGCGUGCUGUCAGACUCUCUAAGUGACUGCUUGGACUGGGUUCAUGUGAUCUGCUCUGAACAUUGUACAUGUGCUCCUGAAACAUGAGGACAAGUCAAGUUGUUUCUGUUUGUGUUUUUUUUUUACCAGUUCUUCAAACCAGUGACAGAGCAACGGGUUCUAGCACUGUUGUAUUAACAAAAAAAAAAGAUUUUUAGGUUUUUUGUUUUCUAUAACAUACACAUUUCCAUCUCUUAAACCACAAUUGUCUAAUAAAAUAUG